CGUAUACCCCAACAAUUUGUUUAAUCCAGUCUGUUCUGUCGGUAACAGUCCUUGGUUCACGGUGGAAGGUCGUUGCUAACAUAACGUUAACUAGCCAACGAGCUAAAGUAACGUUAGUUUACCCGCCACUAGAAUUCAUAUAUUCAUUCGAUAUUACUGUAGCUAGCCUGCCUGUAGGGUACCUUCUUUGGCUUGUAGGAAUGGAUGGUACUCCUAUGUCGUUAUCUACCUGAAUUUAAUCUGGAAUCACACGGACGCAGACCAAUCUAUGGAGGUGCACACUCCAACAGCUGAAAACCCCCAUUCUGAAUAUGGACUGACGGACAACAUCCAGAGAAUAGUGGAAAACGAGAAAGCCAACACAGAGAAGGUCUCCAAACAGAAGGUGGAUCUGCAGUCGCUCCCCACGAGGGCAUAUUUGGAUCAGACAGUGGUGCCCAUCCUUCUUCAAGGCUUAUCUGUGCUGGCCAAGGAAAGACCUGCAAAUCCUAUUGAAUUCUUAGCAGCCUUCCUUCUCAAGAACAAAUCACAGUUUGAAGAUCGAAAUUAAGCUCCAGACGGAUGGAAAUGUGCACUUUGAGCCCAUCUAUUUAAAAUCAAGGAAAUGGUUGUUUCUGUCAUGUUUGCAGUUUUUUUUAAACCAGAAUAAAGAUGGUGUUGCAGGGAAAUAUGGUACUCUUUUAGGACAAAUGUCAGAGGUAAACUAAUAUAUACAAAAGACACCAACUACGUUGCACCUCAAGUUCCCUUGCAUCAUGGUCCCCUCCAGGGCAAAAUAUUCCAGAUUCAGUCCAUUUACCAAAAUGCUUACAAGAGAACAUUUGCGUUUUAAUUAACAAUGUCAUGUUUUCAUAUUGCCAAAUGACACACGUAUCAUUCUAGUGUCAUGUUUUAUUCUACCACUAGUUGAGCUACAGAGUUGGUGAUGAACCCCUUUGAUAAAAGGGUCAAUCUGAUGCCCCAAACUCCAUUCUAUUAA